CCGGACGCCUGGCGCCGGGCACGCCAGCGAUGCCGGCGCCGGCACCGCCGCCGUCGUGACGGCGCCGCCGGAGUGGGACGCCGUGGUGGUCGGCGCGGGCGCCGCUGGGCUCGCGGCGGCGGCGGAGCUGCGCCGGGCGGGGCUGUCCGUGCUAGUGCUGGAGGGGCGCGGGCGGAUUGGAGGCCGCGUGCACAGCACGCCGCUGACCACCACCGUCGGCAGCGCGGCCGCCGCAACCGUCGACGCCGGCGCCUCCUGGGUCCACAAUGGCGACGACCCGGCGCACCCCCUGAAGCUGCUGGCGCUCCACCAAGGCCUGCGGCUGCUGAAAACGGACUGGGACUCGGAUAAGAACCUGGUCUUCGACGAGAACGGCCUGGUGGCCGAGGAGGACAUGAGCGACGCCAACGGGACGCGGGUAGGCUGCUGCAGCGGGCGCUGGCCACCGCGCGGGCGCCGCUGUGGAGCGCCCGGCUCGCGGCCGGCGGCGAGCCCCGUGCGGACUGCAGCCUCGCCGCCGCGGUGGAGCAGCAGCUGGCCAGGGCCGGCACGGGCGCGGCCGAGGGGCGCCUGCUGCGGGCCUGGCUCCAGCUCGAGAUCGCGGCGGACUACGCCGCGGGGCUCGACGACCUCUCCUGCGUCAACUGGGACGCCGACUUCGAGAUGGGGGGGGGGGAGGCCCACUACCUGGUGCACGGCUGCCUUGGGCAGGUUCUGCGAGCACUCGCCGAGGAGCUGGGCGGCGAGGGCGUCCGGCUCGACGCCGCCGUCGAGGAGGUCGACUACGCCCCCACGCCCGAGGGGCGCGUCCGCGUGCGCUACCGUGCCAGCCACCCUCCGGCUACCGUGGAGGUGACGGCGAGGGCCGUUGUGGUGUCCGUCCCCCUGGGCGUGCUCAAGGCUGGCACCAUCGCCUUCCGGCCGCCCCUGCCGCCGCCGAAGCUUGCCGCGAUCGAGCGGCUGGACAUGGGGCUGCUGAACAAGGUCUUCCUGCAGUUCGAGCAGGCGUGGUGGCCCGCCGACCAGGUGACGUUCUCGUACCUGCCGCCCGCGGCGCCGGAGCGGCCCGGCGCCGCGGGCGGGGCUCGGGGUGGCGCCGGCCAUUCCCACUGGCUGGUGGUGAACUGCGCAGAGGCCAUGGACGGCCUCCCGGUGCUGAUGGCGCUUGUGGCGCCACCGUAUUCGUGGGAGAUGGAGAAGGAGAGCGAUGACGCCAUCGUGGCGGACUUUCUCCUUCACGUCGUGUCCCACGUAGCGCGGGCGCUGCCCGGCGGCUGGGGACGGCCGGGCAGGCCCAUACCCGCAAUCACGGCGAGGCACGUCACCCGUUGGGGCAGCGACCCCUUCUCGCUCGGCUCCUACUCGUAUCUGCCUGUCGGAGCGGGGCCCUGCGACAGGGAGGAGCUCGCUCGCGCCGUGGGCGACGCGGUGUUCUUCUGCGGGGAGGCGGCCCACAGCCUGUACCCCUCGACGGUCCACGGCGCCUACAUGUCCGGCGUGGAGACGGCGGGGAAGGUCUGCGCCGCGCUGGGCGCCGCGGCCCCCGACCCCGGCGGCCCGCCCGCGGCGGCCGGCGCCGAUGCGGCCGCCCGAAGGGCCAGGGCGACCGCGCCUACCUGGGCCGCACCGCUGCGGCCGCCCGCCUACAAGGUGUCCUGGUCGCAACUGACGGCCGCCGAGCGAGAAGCGGCCCUCAGUCUGGGCUUCAAUUUCAGCAGCUGGGACCACGACGGCCCGCCGCCGCCCGCGAGCACCCGCUCCUGGGCGCGGCUCUCCGCCCCGCAGAGGCAGGCUGCGCGUUCGCUGGGCUACACAGCGGCUGCGUGGGACGCGGACUCCAGCAGCAGCAGCAGCAGCAGCGGCAGCGGCAGCGGCAUCAGCAUAUAAUUUGCAGAGGCAGGCUGCGCGCUCGCCGGGUGGCGAGGCGGCCGCGCGGGACGCAGACCUCGGCAGCCGCAGCCAGCUCGCAGCGGCAGCGGCGGCAGAUAGCUGCGAGCGCCGCUGCGCAGCAAAACAGGGCACAUGUCGAGGCCCAGCUGUGCGUGGGCGUGGAGGUUCGCCCGGUCCUCCUUCGUGUCAAGGCUGACGGUUCGCCCAUCGUUCUGAAGGCGUGUUCAGAUUCCUCCCUUUUUGCCCCAGGUUGCAGACGAUUUGGUCACAAGGAUCGUCUUCCACGGUAGGCACAUCAAUCGGAAUGCGAGCGUCAAGCUCCAAGAAAAUUAGACCUACAGCGUGCCUCUUGUCCUGCAAGGUUGUCUUCGAUGACCUGCGGACCAAUAGACGGCGAGUGUCGAGUGCGACGCCCCACGGUCAUUCUUCGGCCGCCAGAGGCUGCAACCGUGGAUUUAUAACAUUGAGUUUUUGUGUGUGCUACAUUUGUCCACGGCAUUACAUGAUACAACUCGCCCCACGGUCGAUCUUCGGUUGCCAGAGACCGCGACGAUGGAAUUCAGAUACUUCGUUUUCGUGUCUGCUUCACUUGGUGAGGACACUAGAUGUUGCAACCCGCCGACGUUGCGCUUAUUCAAGGCACUGGUGGUUAUACGACCCCGCCGUCUGAUCCUGUGAUCAGGCCUUUUCAGCCAUUUCGGAACAUGCUUUCCGUGCGGUUGUGACUAUUUCUUUUGCUCGCCAGGGUCGAGAGGCAGCAGUCUGUCGUAUUUCAGGACCUGUGGGCGAAUGGUUUGGCAUUGCCUGCAACUGGGCGGGACGCGCUAGUCUGAGCCACUUUUGAGCCAGAAGCCGCCGAACGAAAAAGCUCCAAGGAAAGUGGACCAAUCCGAC